AACCAGUUCCUCGAGAACUGAAGAGCUUCAAUGGCGACCCGCGCGCAGUUCGCCAAUUUGAUACGCAACAAGCUCCGAUUCGAUCACUGGAGGCCUAUAUCGUCGCACGCUUCGGCGAUUGAGUCUAAACCUAAUAUCGGGGGGCGCAGUCUCAAGAGUCAGAUCUUGAAACCCGAACUUCCGCUUACCGUUACCACCUUGCUUCAGAAUUGGGUCAAUGAGGGCCACAAAAUUACAGUCCCUCACCUCCGCAACAUCUCAAGACAGCUAGAGAAGUCUAGGCGCUAUAAGCAAGUGCUCGAGAUAUUGACAUGGCGGGGAACGCAUAUCGGUCUCGAGCUGUCACCAAUUGAGCAUUUCAACAAGAUGGAAUUGACCCUUAAAAUUCAUGGUUUGAUGGAAGCUGAGGAGUAUUUUGCUCAGUUACCCAACACCUCUUCGCAGAAAGCUGUAUGUCUCCCUCUUCUUCAUGCGUAUGUGAAGGAAAGGGCAGUAGAGAAAGCUGAGGCUUUCAUGGUGAAGUUAUACAGCUUGGGGUUACUUGUGGAACCUCAUGCGUAUAAUGAGAUGAUGAAGCUCUAUGUCGCCACAUCUCAGUAUGAGAAAGUAGUCUCUGUGAUCCAAGAAAUGAAGCAAAAUAAAGUAUCCCUAAAUGUUCUUUCCUAUAACCUUUGGUUGGAUUCAUGUGGGAAGCUAUCUAGUGUUGCCUCAGCAGAUAAGGUUUUCAAAGAAAUGGCAAAUGAUAAAACUGUGGCAGUGGGGUGGAGUACUUUAGCUACUUUGGCCAAUAUCUACACAAAAGCAGGUCUUGAUGAGAGAGCUACUUUGGCCCUUAAAAAUGCAGAGAAGAAGCUAUCUUCUGCCAGGCGUCGUGGUCAUCUCUUUCUCAUGACCAUAUAUGUCUCUUUGAAGAAUAAGGAGGAAGUUCUUCGGCUUUGGGAAGCCAGCAAAGUGGUACCUGGGAGAAUAACAUGUGCCGAUUACAUGUGUAUAUUGUUAUGCUUGGUUAAGGUAGGUGGCCUUCGACAGGCCGAGAGGGUUUUCAUGGAGUGGGAGUCUACUCGUCUGUCUCUGAAGUAUGAUAUUAGAGUCUCCAAUGUCCUUCUUGGUGCAUAUGCACGGAAUGGAUUCAUGAACAAAGCUGAGUCUUUACAUGCCCGGACGUUGGAGAAAGGUGGUUGUCCAAAUUAUAAGACAUGGGAGAUUCUCAUGGAAGGAUGGGUAAAAAACCAUGAGAUGGAUAAAGCCAUUGAUGCCAUGAAAACCGGAUUUGCUUUAUUGAAACACAGUAAUUGGAGGCCAGCACCUGACAUUAGGCCUGCACCUGAUGUUUUAUUGGCCAUAGUAGAGUACUUUGAGAAGCAUAGAAACCUUGAGGAAGCAAUUUCGUAUAUUAGACUUCUUCAUGGUUUUGGCCUCGCAAGCUUGCCAUUGUACAAAUCGUUGUUGAGAAUGCAUGCCAGUGCUCAGAGACCAGCUUUUGAUAUCCUCCAAAUGAUGGAGAAGGAUGAAAUUGAGAAGGAUGAUGAGACUGCUUCCCUCAUUCAACUCAGCUAAAUGUGCAACAAUAUCUGUAUUAUCAAUUCUCUGUUGCAUAAACCAUCAAUGCAGAGCAGAGUUUACCUGAUCCACUAUUUCUUUUGGGAUUGAAGAUGCGGAGAAAAACCUUAAAGAAACCUUUACAGCCGUCUCAAAAGCAUUGAUGAUUUGGAGAUUUUUGAAUUUUAUGCUUUAACAGCUUCAGAAGUAAGAUUGAAGAAUCAAUAUUACUUGUUGUAAAUGGGAACAGGAGAUCGCUAAUCACUAUCGUUACACAGAUGUUGGCCAAGGAAUCCCUUCAGGGUUCUCUGUUUCACUCCUUACUUGGCCACUGGCCCUUUAUAAUGGCACAUGUAAAUGGGGGGAAAUAUGAAGCAUCAACUGUUAUUGUUUAUGUAGAUGAUGAACAAUGAAAACUUGUUUUCUUGAGCUC